CUUCCCUUGAACAUGUCGUUAGACCUUGCUAAGUGGGAGCUCCCUGGAGACAGCCCAACCAAACAAGUGCUAGUGGUGCUCCUCCUAGCUACGGCUUUGCUCGGGCUUCUUUUAGCCGUGUAUACCCACGCGUAUGUCUUCGCAACACUGAUCGCGACUCAAACACCAAAUCCUAGAUUGAAUUCAUCACUCUCGCGCCAGCAUUUCAGAGGUCUUUCUAUCUUUCUCUUCCAUCGGCUGUCUAAGAUCUGUGUGAUCUCUAUGUUUCCUAUGAAGGACUUCACUCCACUGAAGUGCGGCUUGCUCAACUCAACAGUCGAAUUGCUACUUUCAUACUUGAGAGUAGCCAAUGUGCUCACAAUUAUGCAUCCACACUCGAAAACCCAUUCUUACUCACGUCGCAUUCCAACGUGGUCAAUGUGGUCGAAGACCUUCCCAUCAAUCUUACUGUAUAGUACUGCCUCGAGUAUAUGCUUCUAUCUGCCUACCUACUUGAUUCAGUUGGCUGGUGCUUUAGAUGAGCGGUUAGAGGUCUCAGAAACUGUGCAGUUUAUCAGUCUUCUAGGCACUAUUAUGGUUCUUUACUUCAGAUUGGUCGUUCCGGCAUAUGCAAUUUUCAUUCGAGUCACUGCCUCCGUACAACGGGGUGAGUCGAUGACUAUCAGAGGCGCCUGGCAAGGGUUUUCGUGGUCAUCUCGGGUACACUUUUUCAAGUUACUUGGCGAGGUUCUAUUCCUGGAAGCAGGCGUCACCGUCGUUAUGGGUUUGUCUGUGCUCGGUUUGUGUCAUCCUACUAUACAUGAUGAUGUCUUUCAGCUUUUUAUUAAGUACUUUGGCUAA